CCUGCUAUUUUUACGAGACCGAGCUUGUCGGCCGUAAAUCGAGAAUAGGGAAGGCGGCUUACUCCGCCAGGACGAACCGACUCGGCCCUAUACAGGCCUUAACAAAGGGUUUUCUCAACUUUUUCAGAGAGAACAAGCCAAAAAAAUAAAAGUAAAAAUCCCAGUUUGGGGCCAAACUCAACUCAACAGAAUGGAAGAAUCUCCGAGUUUUAGGUAUUCUGAUUGAUAGAUAGAAUAGAAAGAACAUGCAGAGUUUUUGAGUGAAUAAAUAAGUAAGCAUAUCAAUGGGGAGACAGAAAGGAGAUGGAAACAGAAGCAAGGCACGUCCCUCCAGCAGCAGUCUGGCUGCUUCGCUCGUGCCGUCGGGUUCUACAGCCGUUGGAUUCGGGGGUUUUGUGGGUAGUUCGCGGGUCGAUUCGGCUCUCUCAACCGAUGAUUCUGUCCCCUUUUUGGAUAUUGAUGGUGAAGUUGCACAGCACUUGAAGAGGCUUGCCAGGAAGGAUCCAACCACCAAGCUUAAAGCUUUGGCAUCUUUGUCUACACUUUUCAAGCAAAAAUCCAGCAAGGAAAUAGUACCAAUCAUUCCACAAUGGGCAUUUGAAUAUAAAAGGCUGUUGUUGGACUACAAUAGAGAGGUUCGGCGAGCUACUCAUGACACAAUGACUCUUCUUGUUGCCGCUGUCAGGAGAGACUUAGCCCCGCAUCUGAAGUCUCUGAUGGGACCAUGGUGGUUUUCUCAGUUUGAUCCAGCUUCUGAAGUUUCUCAAGCUGCUAAGCGGUCGUUGCAGGCAGCCUUUCCAGCACAGGAGAAAAGACUAGAUGCCUUAAUUUUGUGCACGACUGAGAUAUUUAUUUAUUUAGAAGAAAAUCUGAAUCUCACUCCAAAGAGUAUGUCUGACAAGGCAGUUGCUUUGGAUGAAUUGGAAGAAAUACACCGGCAGGUGGUUUCUUCAUCAUUGCUGGCAUUGGCCACUUUCCUUGAUGUUUUGAUGGACUUGCAAUUUGGAAAACCUGGUUUUGAAAAUACAGCUGCUGAGACCAAUAAUGAUAAAGCUUCAAAAGCACGGACCACAGCCAUUGCUUAUGCAGAGAAGUUGUUCUCUGCACAUAAAUACUUCCUUGAUUUUCUUAAGUCCCAAAGCCCUGCUAUUCGAUCAGCUACAUAUUCGAUGCUAAGGAGUUUCAUUAAAAACAUUCCUCAUGCUUUCAAUGAAGGAAACAUGAAAACUCUCGCCACAGCAAUUCUUGGUUCUUUCCAGGAAAAGGAUCCAGCUUGCCAUUCAUCAAUGUGGGAGACUAUGUUGGUAUUUUCCAAAAGAUUUCCCGACAGUUGGACCACCUUCAAUGUUCAAAAAUCCCUGCUAAAUCGGUUCUGGCAUUUUCUUAGGAAUGGGUGCUUUGGAUCUCAGCAAGUUUCUUAUCCAGCUUUAGUUCUAUUUCUAGAUGCUAUCCCUCCUAAGGCAAUAGUGGCGGAGAAGUUCUUCCUUGAUUUUUUCCAAAACUUUUGGGCUGGAAGAAACCCGUCACAUUCCUUAAAUGCUGAUCGACUAGUAUUUUUCCGGGCAUUUAGAGAAUGUUUUCUUUGGAGUUUGCAAAAUGCUUCAAGAUAUUGUGUUGGAGCAGAUGCCAUUCAUUCUUUACAAGUUACUCUCAUUGACAAGAUCCUUCUGAAGCUUCUGUGGCACGACUAUCUACCAAUCAACUCAAAAGAACAGGAUAGAGUCUCCUCUGGGCAAAUGAGGGAUCCAUCUGAGAUUAAUGUUCGGCCUUUUCACGAGGAAACAGUGGAAACACUCAAGAUCAAGUAUCCAAUGGAUUACGUGCAAGAGUUGGGGAAAUGCAUCAUUGAGAUCCUUUCAGGGGUUUAUUCACGGGACCUUGAUCUGCUCUUGACUUUUUGCACAGAAUUUCAAGAGAAUUGCUUUGAGAUAUUUCAGCAAACAGAGAACACAGAAAGUUCUUCGGAGUUUAUAGAACUGGUCAUCAAAUUUUUGUUAUUACUAGGGCAACAUGCAGUGCAGAAAGGUGAAAAAUGGCCUUUGGUUAAUAUGGUGGGACCAAUGUUGGCAAAGUCAUUCCCAUUGAUAAAAACACUUGAUUCGCCAGAUAUUGUGAGACUUGCAUCGGUUGCAGUGUCGGUAUUUGGUCCACGCAAGAUAGUUGGAGAACUCGUCUGCAAUGAUAGCACUUUCUUUCGUAGUCUUUCUGAUGAAUUGAACAGAGAAUUGGAUUCAGAGCAGUUUCUGCAGCUGUACAAGGAAAUAUUUGUACCUUGGUGCCUGCAAGGAAAUGGUUCUUCCACCAAUGCUCGACUUGAUCUCUUGCUUGUGUUACUUGAUAAUGAAAGCUUUUCAGAACAAUGGCAUUGUAUUAUCACAUAUGCAACCGAUCCAGAACGUUUUGGAGUGGGGCCUGAGACUCCAGACCCCAACCACAUACUUGUCUUGGGAAUGCUCAUAGAGAAAGCAAGAGUGGAAAUUAUAAAGAGAAAGGUGGGAGUAGGACUUGAUCAUCAGCAAGGCUCCCACUCAGACCACUGGCAUCAUGAACUUCUAGAUUCAUCUGCUGUUUCUAUUGCCCGUUCUUUGUCUUCCUUCAGGAGUUCUGAUGCUCGGUUCCUGCGAGCUGUUCUUGGUGGCUCAACAGAAGAUGAUCAAACUUCUUUUGUGUCUAGAAAUGCUAAGAUCCUUAUCUUUAAAGAGUUCUGCAAAAAGUUAGUAACCUUCACAAUGGAUUCUACUUUUACUUGGAUCAGAGAUGCAUGUUCUUUAUUAAUUGCUGAGGCAAAUGAUUCUGUGCUAAGAAUUGAACAUUCCGUGCCUGUGCCUGAAAUGGCUCAUUUUGCACUUGAAGUACUUGAUGGAAGCUUAUUUUGCUUAAAGACUAUUGAAGAUGAAAGUUGGUUAGUCCGAAGUACUUUAGCUGCAAUUUUUCUCAUUGACUGGGAAUAUAGCAUGGCCAUAGUGUCUGAUGAUGCACUUGAUGGUGAAAGUACUAGAAAAAUGAAGGACAGGUUGGAUUGUUCUGCAUCUGUGCAUGAUUUUCGUAGCAAGAUAAGUAGUCAAUUCUUUAAAAGCCUCAAUGGAAACAAUCGGAACAGUUUGGGAAGUAUUUUGGUUCAGUCUAUUAGGUUUGCCAUAUUCAAGGAGGAUGAAUUUGAUACUAAUAAAGUAACAUCUUUGUGCUGCCUUUGGAUGCUUGAAGUUCUUGGAUGUCUCUGUCAGGAUCAAUUUGAGGAACAAGAACUGUUAGACCAGUUUUUGAGCAAGAGUGAUUCCUGGCCUUUGUGGAUCUUACCAGAUUUCUCUACAGGAGAAAGAUCAGCCACCUUGAAGACAGAAAACAUUUCCAUUAAUGCAUCCAGGAAUCACAUACUUGUUGCUGUAAUUGAUGAGCUUGUAUCUAAGAUUGGGAUUGACAUGGUUGUUGCUGGUUCUGUUUCACUUACUCCAUCUUCAACUGAGGAAGCAACAAAAGAACUGAUUACCUCUCAAUCUGAUUAUUCUCGAGCCUGGCUUGCUGCUGAAAUAUUAUGCACAUGGAAAUGGCAUGGUGGCAGUGCUUUGAGCUCUUUCUUACCUUUACUGAGUUCAUAUGGGAAGAAUGGGAAUUAUUCUCGUGAGGAAAGUUUGUUAGACUCUAUUGUUAACAUUUUGCUUGAUGGUGCUCUUGUUCAUGGAGUUAGUGGUAGACUGAGCCUUUCCUAUGUCUGGCCUGUUUCAUAUGAUGAAAUAGGGAGUGUUGAAGAAUCCUUCUUAAGAGCACUUGCAUCUUUACUUCUUACUCUAUUUGAAGACAAUAUAUGGGAAAUGGACAAAGCUAUAUUACUUUUUAAAUUACUUGUAAACAAACUUUUCAUUGGUGAAGCAAUUAACUUGAAUUGUUUGAGGAUUCUUCCUUUAGUUAUGAGUGUCCUUGUUAGGCCAUUGAGCAUUGGAUGUGAUGAAUCCAAUCGAGAUGUUCAACAUGAUACUAUAAAGGACUGGCUGCAAAAAACUCUGUUAUUCCCACCUUCAAACACAUGGCAAACUGGAGAAGAGAUGGAAGAUUGGUUACAGCUGAUUAUAUCUUGUUACCCACUAAGUGCAAUAGCAGGAAUACAAGGGUUAAAACCAGAGAGAGAUAUCGGCCCCAUGGAGAGGGAACUUUUACUUGAAUUAUUUCGUAAGCAGAGACAUGGUUCUGUGUCAACAGCUGCAAAUAACAAGCUGCCAGCAGUGCAGAUGUUAUUAUCAAAUCUAAUUGUAGUUUCAGUUGGGUAUUGCUGGAAGGAAUUUAAUGAAGAAGAUUGGGAGUUUGUGGUCUAUCGGUUGAGAUUGUGGAUUGAAUCAGCGGUGGUGAUGAUGGAAGAAGUAGCUGAAAAUGCUAACGAAGCCAUAACAAACAGCUCUACGUCUAAUAACUCUGAAGUUGCAGUAACUAAGCUCAGGCAUACUGUUUCAGAGUUAAACCCUUACCCUAUAAAGAUUGCUACUAAUGCCCUUGCUGCUUUUUCUCUAUUUUGUGGAGUCGUUGCAUUACAAAAGGAAGAAGAUGCUGAUAAUUUGAAUCCCUUGAGAACUGAGAAAUGGGAUCUAAUCAAAGAUCGGAUUCUAGAAGGUAUUCUUCGCUUAUUCUUUUCCACUGGUGCUGCUGAGGCCAUUGCAGGUUCCUGUUGCUACGAGGCUUCACUUAUUGUAGCAUCAACCAGGCUUGAUCAUCCUCACUUUUGGGAGUUGGUUGCUUCAAGUGUUAUAAAGUCUUCUGCAUAUGCUAGAGACAAAGCUGUGAAAUCAGUUGAACUUUGGGGGCUAAGCAAAGGGCCCAUCAGCUCUUUGUAUGCAAUCCUUUUUUCCUCCGAACCACUUCCUGGUUUGCAGUUUGCUGCAUAUGCUAUUCUUUCAUCUGAACCUGUUUCAAACUUGUCUAUCCUUAGAGAAGACACUGCAUGUUCCUUGGAUGGAGAUACCACUGGUGACCAGGAUUCCGAUCGUCUUGAUUUGUCUUCAGAAGAAGAUGUUCAUUUGAGGGAGGAAAUUUCUUGCAUGCUUGAAAAUUUUCCAUAUGAGAUUCUUGAAAUGGGCCUGGUGGCACCACAACGUGUGAAUGUCUUUCUUGCUUGGUCUUUGUUGUUAUCACGUCUACAAUCCUUCCCACCAUCAUCACCUGCUAGGGAACAACAUAUACAAGAGCAUGCUAAUUCAGCAAUAUUGGAUUGCCUGUUCCAGCACAUUCCAUUGGAUUUGUGCUUGGCACAUAGCUUGAAGAAGAAAGAUGUAGAACUUCCUGCUGUGUUAUCAGAGGCUGCAGCUGCAGCAACACAAGCCAUCAGAAGCAGUUCAGUUUUGUUUUGUGUGGAGUCACUUUGGCCUGUUGGACCAGAGAAAAUGGCUUCACUUGCUGGUGCAAUAUUUGGUUUGAUGCUUCAUAUUCUUCCUGCUUAUGUUCGAGGGUGGUUUAGUGAUAUACGUGACCGUUCUAUGUCAUCAGCAAUUGAGUAUUUUACGAAAGUAUGGUGUAGCCCACCUCUAAUCACAAAUGAACUAUCUCAGAUCAAGAAAGCUAGCUUUGCUGAUGAAAAUUUCUCAGUUAGUGUGAGCAAGUCAGCCAAUGAGGUUGUUGCUACCUAUACAAAGGAUGAAACUGGAAUGGAUUUAGUAAUUCGUCUUCCUGCAUCUUAUCCAUUGCGUGCUGUGGAUGUUGAUUGUCCUAGGAGCCUUGGCAUUAGCGAAGUGAAGCAAAGGAAAUGGUUGAUGUCAAUGCUGUCAUUUGUCCGUAGUCAGAAUGGAGCCUUAGCUGAAGCAAUACGAAUCUGGAAGAGCAAUUUUGACAAGGAAUUUGAAGGUGUUGAGGAAUGCCCUAUCUGUUACAGUGUGAUCCACACUACCAACCACAGCCUUCCACGCCUAGCUUGCAAGACUUGCAAGCACAAGUUCCAUUCUGCUUGCCUCUACAAGUGGUUCUCAACUUCUCACAAAUCAACUUGCCCAUUGUGCCAGUCACCAUUUUGACCUUAAACAAACACAUAUGAAGCAUAAUAUUCUUUUAGAUUAUAUUGGGGACUCGAGAUUCAGUGAGUAAUGGUCUUUGUUGAUUUUGCUCGUCCACCUGUAAUAUGAAUUCUCUGUACAAAAGAAGGCAAAGUUGAUUUAAUUGGAAAAGUUACCUGCUGUGCUGAUCUUGUUGGUGGCUGACAGUCAAGCUUAUGGCGAGUGCUUAGAGAGUCCUGUCAAAUGGUGGGCAUGGGUGUGUUCUUGGAAGCAUUCUAGAAGUGUGGUUUGUUGUUUUGAGCUUCCUCAAAAAUAAACUGCUUCUGCAAGCACACUGGAUUUAGGUGACAUAGUGAUCCCUAUGCUAUGCUGUAAAGUUGUGAUGGACUAACAGUUUGCGAAAAAACUCCGUAGAGAACAUUUAUUUGUUUUCAUAAUUUCUGAUUUUCUCUUUCAGAAGGGGUCGGUGAGAACUAUUUUGGAAAUUUUGAGUUAGUAUAUAUAGAAAUGUACAAUUUUUUGGAAAUUUGGUUUCCA